CAGUAAGGUCACUGGUCAACUGGUCAGUACAGUACUGAAUGUCUAAGAGUAUACUAGUAUAUAAGUAAGCUGAGAUAAUCGACUGCGGUAUGCUGCUGAUAUUCCUCGGCGCCCUGCUGGUGGGCUGCGGCGCAGACGAUGCUCAGUGGAUCCACGUGAAGGGGGGAGUCAAGGGUGGAGUUAAGGGGGGGCGAGGUUACCCUGGUUACCCUACAUACUACAACCCUGGCGCCACUAACAAUACCAACAGGCAAGACGCUUUCGGUGGAUAUGUGAUGCGUUUCAAUUUAACGCAACAAGGCUCCGGUUCACACGUCAGUUCUAAAGACUUUCGUGAAGUUGGAGUUUGCUACAUAGAAGUGCCAACAGCUUCCUUGGCGAGAGAUCCUGCGCAUAUUCCAGCUGGAAAUGGAUCUCGUCCAGACCUGAGCAGGAUAAGAACAUGCUGUAGGGGCUAUGAGAGGAACAUCGAAGUGUUCUCGGUGUGCGACCCGGUGUGUGAGCCGGAGUGCGUCAACGCGAUAUGCACCGCACCUAACACUUGCUCGUGCUUCCCCGACCAUAUCAGGAACUUGGGUGGGUUCUGUAUGCCGACGUGUCCCAUUGGUUGUCAAAACGGCCACUGCAGCGGCGGAGAGUGCUUGUGUAAGGACGGAUAUACCUUGGAUGUGGAGGGAAAGUUCUGCAGACCGGUGUGUAGAGAAAAUUGUGGUGGUACAGGUAACUGCACGCAGCCCAACACGUGUGCCUGCCCGCCUGGCUACCAGGCGACGCGCGAGGGUAACUGCAAGUCAACCUGCUCCACUCCAUGCAGGAACGGCUGCGUCACAUCCAACGAGUGCCGCUGUCAUCUCGGCUUUAAGAAAGACUCCUACGGACAGUGUGAGCCGGAAUGUUCCUCAAUGUCUGUUGCUUUCAGGAGCUGUCCUCCUGGGCGCUGCGUCGCCCCAAAUGUCUGCAGCGACUCAACGUAUCGAACACCCACUGUUUCAUACUACCCACAAAUCCCGCAAAAUAAUACUCUAUACCCUGACAGCCUAGUCCAAAAUGGCACAAAACCCGGACCGACCUACCCUGGGCAGACAUAUCCUGGUCAAACAGGACCCGGUCAGACGUAUCCUGGUCAAACACUUCCCGGUCAGACGUAUCCUGGACAAUUAAGCCCUGGUCAGACUUAUCCUGGUCAGACAUACCCUGGACAGGCAUAUCCUGGUGUGAUAAAUCCUGAUAGAAGAAAUCCCAAUAGUACAUCUCCUGGUGCCGUAUAUCCAGAUCAAAAAUACCCUGGUUCAAGAAAUCCCGAUCAAACGAACCCUAAUAAAACAUUACCAGGUCAGGCAUACCCAGGUCAGACAUAUCCUAGUCAGACGUACCCAGGUCAGACUUACCCUGGUCAGACGUAUCCUGGCUAUCCUUACCCUGGUCAGUCAUAUCCUGGUCAGACGUAUCCGAGCCAGACAUAUCCUGGACACUACUACCCUGGACAAAUAUAUCCUGGUCAGACAUAUUAUCCAGGCCAAAGGUACCCUGGAGAAUCAUAUCCUGGUCAAACAUUCCCUGGACAGGCUAAUCCUGGCCAGACUAACACUGGUCAAAUAAAUCCAUCUCAAAGAUACCCUGGUCAACAACAACACCUUUAUCCUGACAGUCAGGGCUUAUCCGGACUAGGACAUACAGGAUACCAAGGGCAAACUGCUCAAAACGGGCAAACUGGUUAUCAUAGUCAAACUGGAUACGAAGACCAUAGUGGAUACCAAGGUCAAUAUGGAUACCACAGUCAAAGUGGUCACGAGGGACACACUGGAUAUCACAGUCAAAGUGGAUACCAUGGUCAAAGUGGGUAUCAAGGGCAAACUGGAUACCAAGGUCAGGGAGCUCAAAAUCCUGGUUUACCAGAUAACCAAAGGCACCCUGAAAACCGAGAGCCGGUGAGCUCUGACGAGGACCUGGAUUGCGCCAGUCCUUGCAUCAACGGCGUUUGCACUAGCGGAGUUUGUCGCUGCAAUUCCGGAUAUAUUACAGAUCCUGCUGAUUUAACUGGAUCAAGGUGCAUCCCCAACUGUCCAGGCGGUUGUCCCAACGGCACCUGCUCUGCGCCUCACUUCUGCAUCUGCAACCCUGGCUACAGGAAGGACACCAGCGUGAAGGGACGCCCAGCUUGCGUUAAACGGAUCCGACGAUCUGUCCAAACACCUAAAGACAUCGCUAAUCUAUUGGUUUUUGAUAUCCCAGAAUACUGAAGGCUCGAAGUUCGAAGAACUUUGAAGAAGAGACUAUGAACAUAAUGUUUGAUACAAAAUUUUAUAAAUAAGAACUUGUUAAAACUGUUAAAAUAAAAUAAAAUGAGUUGAAAGUUGUUUAUUCCCUUAAUUCGUGAUCAUGACGUUUUUUAGGUUUAAUGACUAUUUGUGACAAGAUUUUUUACAAAGAGGCAUAAUAUGUAUUGCUGUUUUGAAAACUGUAAACACGCAAUGGUAAGUAUGCAAACUUGCCGUUUUUCGGCAAGAUCAUACGAGUAUCUAACGCUUAUGUACCGCUCCACCCAGUUAUUGUUGAGGACUGUACGCUUGAAAUUGUAGACGGGUAUAUACAUUUACCUUGGUCACACAGUCCAAUUAGGUAGGUCCAAUUUUGAGAAAGGAGAGAACCGUUGAAUCCAGCUGGGCUAGGUAGCGCUAGGGAAACUGCGCAACAUCUUUAGGUUCAAAAUUGUUCAGGGCCUGAUGACGAAUAGUGCGUGUUGCCAGUGAUCACCUACAGAUCCGAGACUUCGUUGCUAACCGUGGGCAUCAUUAGAAGGCUCAAACUCACUCAGCGGACGAUGGAGCGAGUUAUGCUUGUAGUUUCCCUGCGUGAUCGAAUCAGAAAUGAGGAGAUCCGCAGACGAACCAAAGUCAAAGUCAGUCAUAAAGAUAAAUGCCAAAGUGUUGGCAUUUAUCUUUAUGUUAUUAUUAUUUUAUUUAUACGCUCUUAUCAAGGUUUUUUGAUUUUGGUUUUUUUUUUUUUAUUUUGUGUCUUAUUGUAUGAAUUUUUAUUUUGGAUGUAUUUAAAGUAUUUUGAUUAGAUGUUUAGUUUAUAAUUAUAACUGACUGUGACGUCACCCGGGUCUCAGCUGAAAAUCAGCGCUGCGCAUUGCUUUCCUGCGAUGAACGGCUAAUGCUGAGCUGUAAACCCUUUCUGUUUGGUGUCACAGACAGUCAUGUAAUAUCUAAGAUAGGAUGUACUGUUUGUGACACUAAAAAGUGAAUAAACUUAUUUUCUUUCUUUCUUUCUUUCACUGUCAUAGUUCAGCGAGUCGCGAAGCUGAAAUGGCAAGUGGAGUCCCAAGGUGCUGGAAUGGUGACCCCGCACCGAAAUGCACAGUAUUGGUCGACCGCCCACUAGGUGGACUAAGGACAUCAAGAGGCUUGCAGGGAGUCGCUGGAUGCUGGCGGCUCGAGACCGUUGUGUUUGGAAGUCUAUGCAUGUCCAUCUAUGUCCGAUGGACGUCCAUCGGCUGUUAAAGAAAAAAGUCUGUACCUAUAUGAAAAAAGUCAGCGUCAGAGUUGUAAAAUUCAGUUGCAAGAUUUGACCUUUAACAAGCAAACAGCAAUUUAAAAGAGAGCUUGUAACAAAAUAGCGCGUGGGUGUAUAAGAGUAAUUUCAGCUGGGUAGUUUAAAAUGAAAGGUCAUACAUUGCAUCAAAAAUAUAUAUUUUCACGUAAUACAGACUAGGUUGUCGACCCGUUGCGGGAACAUGGCUGUAAAAACUUCACAUUUAGUUCAAACUUAGACGUAAAAUUAAGUUUAAAAUUUUUAAUUUACAGACUACUUACUAAUUAAGUAAUUUACAUGAUAUUAAGUAAAGUAUAUUUUUUUAAUCUCUUUGGAUUCACUAGGUGCUUAUUAGUAUUGAAAAAGUAAGUUUUGAACACUAUUAAAAGAUAAAAAUUUAAACAAAUUUUUGUGUAUGUAAGUACGUUUAUAUUUUGAGAUCUCUGAAAUUAGUGAGAUGAAUAAAAGUUAUUAGUUUUUAAGUAAAGUUUUGCGUUUAAA